UUAUUUUAAAAUUCGUAUAUUUGAGGAGCGGAACCUUGAGGCGGCGCUACUGACAAGAGUGGUCACGAUCAGCUCGGAGAAGGUCCGGCCAGGUUAGAAGCUCAUCAUCAGAAGGCAUUACAACAAAUUCUCAAAUAACCAGAGGAAAUUCGGCGUCCAUGGGCAAGAAGAUGAAGAUCAUCCCCGUGCUUCUGAUCGGCUGCGGCGGUGUUGGCCGUCAGCUCCUCCACCACAUCGUAUCCUGCCGAUCACUUCACGCUAAACAGGGCGUCCACUUGCGAGUUAUAGGAGUAUGUGAUAGUAGAUCACUAGUCGUUGCAUCUGAUGCGCUCACAACUGAGUUAAAUGACAAGAUUUUAAUGGAAAUUUGUCAUGUCAAGUCGAGCGGUGGCUCUUUAUCAAAUCUUAGCAAUUUGGGUGAGAGCAAACUAUUUUCCGAUACAGAAGCAACUAAAAAAGUUAUUGAUAUUGCGACUCUUCUCGGUAAAGCGACAGGUCUGGCCUGUGUUGAUUGCUCUGCCAGUUCUGACACUGUUAAUGUGUUAAAGCAAGUGGUUGACUUGGGUUGUUGCAUUGUUUUGGCCAAUAAGAAGCCUUUAACCUCUACAAUUGAGGAUUAUAACAAACUGACUCCACAUCCACGUCGUAUUCGACAUGAAUCAACUGUCGGUGCUGGUCUUCCCGUUAUAGCUUCGUUAACCCGUAUGCUAUCUUCGGGAGAUCCUGUUCAUCACAUCGUUGGGAGUUUGAGUGGUACACUUGGGUACAUAAUGAGUGAAGUUGAAGAAGGAAAGCCUUUGAGCCAAGUUGUUAAGGUUGCUAAAAGCCUAGGUUACACAGAACCAGAUCCACGUGAUGACCUCAGUGGCAUGGAUGUUGCAAGAAAGGCUCUGAUCCUCGCUCGACUUCUCGGUCAGCAGAUCAACUUGGGCGAUAUUAAGGUCGAAAGCUUGUUUCCGAAAGAAAUGGGACCUGACGUUAUGCCUAUCGACGACUUUUUAAACAAAGGAGUUUUAUCGCUAGACAACGACAUCAAGGAGAGAGUUACCAAGGCUUCCUCAAAAGGAAACGUGUUACGUUAUGCCUGUACGGUCGAAUUCUCGAGCUCGAGGUGUGAAGUUGGACUACAAGAGUUUCCCAAAGAUUCCCCAUUGGGAAGAUUGAAAGGAAGUGACAAUGUGCUGGUGGUUUACAGCCGAUGCUAUAACGAACGACCUCUUGUGAUUCAAGGAGCUGGAGCGGGUAAUGACACAACAGCAGCUGGUGUGUUAGCUGAUAUUCUUGACCUUCAGGAUUUGUUUUGAAGGGAUUUCUUUGAAGAACUUGGAAGAACUUAGAACUAAUUUUGGUUAAUCAUAUUGCUGGUGGGAACUC